AUGGCAGUCAAUGAGAAUGGGAUGACAAUAGUGAAUGGAAACUAGAAACGCAAUCCUCAGUUGGAUGAUGUUAUUACUGUCAUGGGCGAGGCUUCUGCAUUGGCCUAAAAUUUGAAAUAAGUUAUUACAAGUCCAAUCAGAUUCUUUUAGACGGAUCAAAAGAUGUAUAUCAAAUCAGAAGGAAAACUUUGUUUGGGAAUUCUAAAAAUAGGAAGAAAAAACUUAUUUCAUAGAGAUUUAAAUGGAGUAAUUAAAGAAAUCUAACCAAUGUGCGUCCUAGACUUUUACGUACAUGAAUCAGUUCAAAGAAAAGGCAUUGGCAAAGAGCUCUUUGAAGAAAUGCUCAGAUAAGAAACUUUGAGACCAGAAAAAUUAGGUUAUGAUCGACCAUCUCCAAAAUUGUUGGGAUUCCUAAAGAAGUACUACAAUUUAUAAAAUUAUAUACCUCAAAAUAAUAAUUACGUGGUCUAUUCACAAUACUUUUUCGAUAACAGACCGACUAAUGUUUCUCAAUAAUAAUUUGCGCAACAAAAUCAUUAAUAAUCAUAAAACCCUUAAUUAGUUAACUAGUAAGUACAACAAUAAAGAGUCUAACCAUAAUAAACCCCUUAGAAGAUGGAUUAAUUGGAUUAGAUGAUGCAACAAAUGUCUUUGGAUUCGAAAUAACAAUAUUAAUCAUAUUAAAAAGGCAAGGCAUAGCCACCUUGGGCAACAGACUAAAAAUAAUAUUAAAAUAUGUAUUAAACAACCACUGGAAUGAUGUCAGCUUAAAUUCAUAAACGAUGAUAAAAUCAAUACUAUUUGAAACAAUUAUAAAAUAAUAGUAAUUUCUGCAA